AUGCAGCCAAAUAACAGUGUCACCGAGUUUAUCCUGUUAGGACUGACACAAGACCCUGUGAGACAGAAAAUGGUGUUUGUAAUCUUCUUCAUUUUCUAUGUGGGAACAGUCAUGGGCAAUUUGAUGAUCAUUGUGACCAUCAAGUUCAGCCGGACACUUGGAAGCCCCAUGUACUUCUUCUUAUUCUAUUUGUCCCUUGCUGAUUCCUGCUUUUCAACAUCCACAGCACCAAGACUCAUUGUAGAUGCUCUCUCUUCUAAAAAUACCAUAUCUUAUAAUGAGUGCAUGACUCAAAUCUUUGCACUACAUUUCUUUGGUGCCAUGGAAAUCUUUGUUCUCAUCCUUAUGGCAGUUGAUCGCUAUGUGGCCAUCUGUAAACCCUUGCGUUACCCAACCAUCAUGCGGCAAGAGGUCUGUAUCAUCCUGAUUAUUUUUGCCUGGAUAGGGUCUUUCAUGCAUUCUAUAACUCAGAUCAUUAUGGCCUUGAGACUGCCAUUCUGUGGACCCAAUCUGAUUGAUCACUAUUGCUGUGAUCUUCAGCCCUUGCUGAAACUCGCAUGCAUGGACACUUUUGUGAUUAACUUGCUGUUGGUGUCUAAUAGUGGAGUUAUUUGCACAAGCAGUUUUGUGAUUCUGAUGAUCUCAUACAUUGUUAUCUUGAAUUCACUGAGGAACCACAGCGCAGAAGGCAGGAAAAAAGCUCUCUCCACCUGCACUUCCCACAUCAUUGUAGUGAUCAUAUUCUUUGGUCCUUGUAUAUUCAUAUAUACACGCCCCCCAACGACAUUCCCCAUGGACAAGAUGGUGACAGUAUUUUAUACCAUUGGAACACCCUUUCUCAACCCACUCAUCUAUACACUGAGGAAUGCAGAAGUGAAAACUGCCAUGAGAAUGUUAUGGCAAAGCAAAAUCUCUUCAGAAAGGCACAGAUGA